GGACAGAAGAAGAAGAUCAGCGAUUAAAAGAAGCAUUAGUAAGCAUACAUGGGUACUGUACAUAUGAAUAUUAAAAUGAUGAUAACAGGCUCGAUAUUCGUAUGGUAACUGGAAGUUGAUUUCUGAGUAUGUCAAGACAAGAAACCCAUUACAAUGUAAAAAUCAUGCAAGACAUCUUCAGCAAACAGACAAGGUAUUUCAUUGGCAUCACAAGUAAAAGACAACUCAUGUUUAUAGAUUGAUCCUGAAAUACAAUCAAAACCUAUACCUGUUAUCCAGCAAACACCAUCACAACCACAACCAUUAACGCCACCAACACCACCACAACAACAACAACCACUACAACCACUACAACCACUACAACAAGGCAUAUCAGAAAAGGCAGGGAAUAAAGAAAAUGAUGAAGAUGAUGACGACGAUGAAUUGUCUAUAGACGAUAACAUGAGUAUCAGUCAUGAAAUAACAGGAACAGAACAAAAAGAUAUACCCGAUGGAAACAGGGACGAGGAAAUGCCUCUCAUUGAAUACAAAGAAGCUGUGCUUGAUAACCAAGAUAAAAUACUUGACAACGAAGACAAUGCACCUUACAACGAAGACAAUGCACCUUACAACGAAGAUAACGAACCUGACAACCAAGAUGAAACCCCCGAUAAUAAAGAGACAAUACUUGGCAAUGAAGAAACAGUACCCAAUGAGAUAAAAAGAGAGAGUGAAUCUUCAUUCUCUCCAUACGUUAUCACUGAAGAUGAGAAGUUUAAUAACCCUGAAUGGUUUCGACAAAAACACAGCAAAACACCCGAUCGUUAUCUCAAGAUCAGAAAUCACAUGUUAGCGUGCUGGGAACAAUGUAAACCUAGAUACCUUACCAAGACCAGUGCUCGAAAGGGUCUCAAAGACUGUGGUGAUGUGAAUGCAAUUGGUCGAGUGCAUGAAUACCUUGAGUCCAUUGGGGCCAUCAAUAUAAAUUGUGUGACAAGUGCGCCUCGUCCUCCCAAACGAACUUUCCGUGAAAAACUAGAACUAGAUGAUAAAGACAUGUUUGAUGCUGCAGAACUAGUGAUUGGUUAUGAUGGACCUCGAAAGAGAAAAGUGAGGAAUGAACAUGGUGAUUGGGUGGAUCCUAAAGAACUCGAAGGUCGAGUGAUUGAACAUGAUCAAGUAAUCACACGUUUAGAUUCAAAACCAAAACGUAUCAUGAAAAGAUCACCUCAUCAUCACUAUUAUGGUGGUGAUGAUUUUGGCCGAGGUCAUGAUCCAUUUAGACUUGUACCAACUUUACAUUAUGACGAAGAAACACCUGCACCUUUUGAAGUUGAGAUUGUCAGUGAUGCAUUGCUUGUGAUGGAUUUCCAUUCUCACUUGGCACAUACCGAAAUCAUUGGUCUUUUAGGUGGUAAUUUCAUCCGUAGAGGAGAAUCCAAGAUCCUUCAGGUCAAGACUGUCUUUCCUUGUCAGAGUACAAGCACUGGUAUUCAAUGUGAAAUGGACCCAGCUUCCGAAAUGAAAGCACGCGAUGAGUUUGCUGAAAAGGGAUUCAAUGUGGUUGGUUGGUAUCAUUCGCAUCCAACAUUUGAGCCCCAUCCUAGUAUAAGAGACAUUGAGAACCAAACAUCCUACCAGACACUUUUUAGAGAAGAAAAGACAGGCGAUGAACCCUUUAUUGGUGUGAUUGUAACACCAUAUGAUCCCGAAACACAAAGCGAUCAUUCACAAAUUCAAUAUUUACAUAUCAGCAAAGAAUGGAACGAGAUACAUUCAUUUCGUGUGCCUUAUGCCUGUAGAAGAACAGUCAUACAAAGCGAGCAGGUCUCUCAAAACAUUUUACAACAAAUAGUUGCUCUUAUUCAUGAAUAUAAAGAUUAUGAACAUAAAAUGAACAUGCUGGAUCCCUUUGGUUCUCAAACAAGAUUAGAGAAAUUAUUGGAUUCUUUAAAAGCUCAUUUAUUUGUCAGUGAACAAGAUGAACAAGCAUUUUUGGUGGCUGUAAAAGAUGCUAUUCUAAAAGAUUUUGUAGAUAAAGAAGCAUCAGGCGCAGCAACAGAGUCUGCUAGAAUAGAAGAACCUUCAGCCCAAUAAAAAUGUACAUAUGGAAUAUAAUUCAUUUUCAUUUUAUUUUAUUUUUUCAUAAAGAAAUACAAAUGAU